AUGUCGAGCAUUUUUGGUAAGCUUGUACUGGAAAGUCCGCAUCUGAAAAGUACCGUGAAACUGCCGGUCUUCCUGUACGGAACAGCGUGGAAAAAAGAGGCUACCACCGAGCUUGUCUACCAAGCGUUGUCAAAUGGCUUCACUGCAGUUGACACAGCAGCCCAGCCGAAGCACUAUCGCGAAGACUUGGUGGCUGCUGGCGUGAGUAAAGCUAUCAAGGAAGGCAAGGUCCGCCGCGCAGAUUUGUAUUUGCAGACCAAAUUCACGUCAAUACAUGGCCAAGACCCCGACCGCUUGCCAUACGAUCCCCAGUCGCCUGUGCCGGAUCAGGUAAACGCCUCUGUCAUAUCGUCGCUGAAUAAUUUCGACUUUGGCGCAACGCUUGGUGAAGACGAUACUGUGGGACCAUAUAUUGAUACUCUCGUUCUGCAUUCUCCGAUGCCAACCAUUGCGGAGACUCUCGAAGUAUGGCAUACACUGGAGCAGUAUGUCCCCAGAGAGAUACAUAACCUUGGUAUUUCGAACUGCAAUUUAUUCACGUUGAUGGAUUUGCACGAGAGGGCCAACAUCAAGCCAGCCGUGGUACAGAACAGGUUCUAUGCAGAUACCAAGUUCGACAUUGGCGUAAGGAAAUUCUGUCAGGAGAAAGGAAUCAUCUAUCAAGCCUUUUGGACGUUGUCCGCCAAUCCAGGGCUUACAAGGUCCCCAGAAGUUCAACAGCUGGCUAACAAGCUCGGAGUAAGUCCACAGGCGGCUCUGUACUGUCUGGUACUCGGUCUCGAAAACGUCGUUAUCUUGAACGGGACCACCAGCUUAGUCAACAUGCGUGACGACUGGGAAGCAAUAGGCAAAGCAGAGGCAUAUGCUGAAGCCAAUCCGGCCUCCUGGAACGAGGUGAAUACUGCUUUCAGACGGCGUAUAGGUCAAGUCACGGGGGGAUAG